AUGGCUCUCAUUCGAGGUCGGCAACUGAAGUCCUUGGCCCCUCUCUCCGUGCACGUGCACCGCCCAUGUUUCUCUCUUCCCGUCCAUCCUCCCGCACUGAUGACAGCAACCAACUACUCCUCCACUUCAAUCUCCACUGCUGAUCUCGAGACACUCGAACUCCUCGGCCAAGGUAAUGGCGGCAAGGUCUACAAGGUUCGCCACAAGCAGACUUCCAGUACCUACGCUCUCAAACUCGUCAGCAACCAUUCAGACCAUACGGUCAGGUGUAAUCUCUCCCGCGAGAUUGAGAUCCUCCGCUGCACCGACUCUUCCCACAUUGUCCGCUGUGAAGCCUUCUUUGAACAGCCCUUGGGAGACAUCAAAAUCCUCAUGGAGUUCAUGGACUCCGGCAGCCUCGAAACUUUACUCAAAGACAAUGGCACCUUCUCCGAGGCCAAGCUUGCCCACGUGGCCCGUCAAGUGCUCAGCGGCCUGAACUAUCUCCAUACCCACAACAUCGCUCACCGUGACAUCAAGCCCGCCAACAUUUUGGUGAACAGUAACAUGGAAGUUAAGAUCGCCGACUUCGGUAUCAGCAAGAUCAUGUCCUUAACCUCGGAAGGCGCCUGCAGUUCUCCUGUCGGUACUUUCGCUUACAUGAGCCCCGAAAGAUUCAACAAGGAGAACUGUGGUGGCACCUACAGUGGCUACGCCAGUGACAUAUGGAGUUUCGGCCUGACCAUCAUGGAGCUCUACGUGGGUCGCUAUCCACUCUUGCCCCCAGGCCAGAGUCCCGACUGGCCCUCCCUGAUGUUAGCCAUAUGUUUUGGAGAGCCGCCGAGCUUGCCGGAGGGCGCUUCGCAGGAAUUCAAGAGUUUUAUUGAGGCUUGCUUGCAGAAGGAAGUCGGAAAGAGGUGGACUGCCGGUCAGUUGUUGAAGCAUCCCUUCCUUUCCGAUGUUGGUUUUUGA